UUUUUUUUUUUUUUAUAAGAAUGACACUUGAGAUACAACUAGAAGCAGCUUUACAUAAAAGACGCCAAAUAUCAAAAAUUCGUAGAUUAGUUGUCAAUCCACCUGAAGCUAUAGACUUUUCUUCUAAUGACUUUUUAGGUCUAUCUCAUAAUAUAACAACAUCGUUUCGAACAGCUUAUCUCAGAGAGUUGAAUGAGUUACCUACAAUGUUAGGUUCGACAGGAUCUCGUCUUUUGGAUGGGAACUCAGCAUAUUGUGAAGCUUUAGAAAGACAGAUUGCUAAUUUCCAUGGCAGCUCUUCAGCAUUAAUAUUUAAUUCGGGAUUUGAUGCCAAUGCAGCCUUAUUUAGCACGGUGCCUCAAUCAGGGGAUGUGAUUAUUUAUGACGAAUUGAUACAUGCUAGUGUUCAUGAAGGAAUGCGCACAUCACGUGCAGGGAAAUGUAUCUCUUUUCAACAUUCAAACGUACAAGAUUUUGAACGAAUCAUAAAGGAAGUUAGUGAACAAUAUCCCAGAAAAAAUGUAUUUGUAGCAGUAGAAACUGUAUAUUCUAUGGAUGGUGAUAUUGCUCCAUUAAAAGAAUUAGUAACUAUCUUGAAAAGAUAUUGGCCGAAUAAAGAAAACGGUUAUCUUAUUGUAGACGAGGCACACAGUACGGGUGUUUAUGGAGAUCAUGGUAGAGGUAUAGUUUCUCAAUUAAAUUUGGAAGAUGAAAUAUUUGCUCGUCUUCAUACUUUUGGUAAAGCAUUAGCAAGUAAUGGUGCUGUCAUACUAGGAUCUGAAACCCUUCGCCAGUAUUUGAUUAACUAUGCUCGACCACUUAUUUAUUCUACAUUUAUGUCUUUUAGCUCUUUAGCUUCUAUUAAAUGUGCUUAUGAUCUACUUGAAAAAGGAGAAACGAUACCAAUUCAGAAACAUGUACAUACACUUACUCAGAGAUUUAGAAAUAGAAUUCAGUUACCACAAGGAACAUUAUUACCUUCUUCAAGUCCUAUUCAAGGAGUUGUUUUGAACGGAAAUGAAUCAGUUAGAGCAUUAGCGAGCUAUUUGAAUAAUAAGGGGUUUUUAGUGAAACCCAUCUGUUCACCCACAGUACCUAUUGGAAAAGAAAGAGUGAGGAUAUGUCUUCAUGGCCAUAAUACAAUAAAGCAAGUAGAUAAGUUAGUAAAUGAAAUUCAUUCUUUCUUCGAAAUUCCUAUAGUCAUUUCAGCAAAACUUUAAAACCAAAAUCAGAUUAUAGACUUUCCCUACAUAAAUAUAUCUUUUAUUAUUUUGUUACCUAUAAUAAUAUUAAUAAUAAUAAUGGCAUAAAUAUUUAAUAGAAUAAAUAUUAUAUACUCAUAAUAUGC